GAUGAAGGUAAAGGGUAUUUUGCAUAUUUAAGUAAGAGUUAUUUCCAUUAAACAACAUCUUUAUCGGGAAGUUUCUGAUCAAAAAUCUUUUUAUUGCGUUUCGACAAUGCAUAAGUAAUGUUUUGUCAUUUCGAAGUGGAAAGCAACAUAUAUGCAUACAAAUGAGACAAUGGUCUGUACUGAUUGUAUGUACAAAAAGAAAAAAUGAUUACAAAAAACACAAACAAACAAUAACAACGUGGAUUUAUUGGGAAGUUUGUGUGUGAGGUUAGCUGAAUCCCACCCUCACAGCAGCGGCGUGUGUAAUUAGCAGAGUUAGCUUACUUUGGGUGACAGUACAGUGAAGUAUUACACAGAAGCAGACAUCUUAGUCGCGUGGGAACAUGUUCGCGGGCACUGAGAGGGGUUCAGUGGGAGAAUAGUGUAAGAGGAGGCGUGUGUAGUAAGCAGUUGGCUCACAGAACAAGGCCUGCUUCUCCUCCAGACCUCCUGCAGCUCGGGAAAGAUUGAAUCAUCAUUAAUUAUGAAGUCAGCCCUGGGGAAUUCAAUCUGUCAUAGGUUGAGGGGGGGUUUUCAGUGCACUCGUGUGUGAUUCUGUUAUCUUUGUUAAUUUGCUCCCAUCUUCCUACUGCUAUUCCUUACAUCUCUCUCCAGGGGACACAGCCUACUUGAUGAAUAUCAAAUUGUAAGAUGUUUGGCUCAUGUUUGUCUGUGUACUCUUUCAGCGCGAGGCCAGGUAGCAGUGGGGUCUACUGGACCUGCAGGUGCUCCCAGACCAAAUAUCCCUCCUCGAGCCGGCGUGAUCAGCAUACCCCCUCAGUCUCGCCAACAACCUCCCUCUCACCCUGGAGCCCCCAGGCCCAUCACAGAGGUUCAUCCUGGGGCCCCUCGACCCAUCCCAGACAACCACCCCGGGGCCCCGCGACCUGCUCUGGCCAAACCCACGGACCUGCCUCUGGGUAUUCCUCCAGCAGAGCCCCAGAUAGCGAGACCCCAGGCUCCGCCCCCCAUGCAGGCUCCCAUGCAGGCCCCCAUGCAGGCCCCCAUGCAGGCCCCCAUGCAGGCCCCCAUGCAGCCCCACUCAGCGGCCCCUCCAGCUCAGCCCCACUCAGCGGCCCCUCCAGCUCAGCCCCAGUUCCAGGCCCCCAUGCAGGCCCCCAUGCAGCCCACCCUUCAAGCUCCACUCCAGCCACAGCAGGCUCCUAAAGUCGGGCCCCCUGCUUCCUCUGCUUCUGCUGCUGCUGCUGCCUCUGCAGGGUCUCCGCAGGGCCUCGCCUCUCCCAAACCCCCCCCACGCUCCCGAUCCAAUCAAGCUCUGCCACCUGAGGCUGCCAAGACUGAAACAGCCCCAGCUGCCCAGACGAAUGGACUGAAUGGAAUCCAAAGAGAAGCACAAUGGAAGCCGGACCCCUUCGACCCACUCACCUCUGAUUUACUCCCCUCCCCCUCCCCCUGGCACACCACCCAGUCCCUGAACAGAGGCGCCUCUCUGCGUGCCCCCCCCUCUGUUCCUGUAUCCUCCAACACUCUCCCUUUAUCCUUCUCCCUCCAGUCCUCCGCCCUCUCAGACCUGCAGCCGCUCGACUCUUCCUCCUCCUCCUCCUCUUCUUCCGCCGCGUCCCCUUUCUCCUCCUCCCUGCUCCCGCCUCCUCCGGUCCCAUCUCGUUGCCGCUCUCAGGAGACGCUGUGGGCCCCCCCCGGCCCCCUCCUUCCCGACCCGCUCCCCGCCCGUCCCAACAGCACCAACCCCUUCACGGGCCCUCUGGCGCAGCGGUAUCAGCCCAGCCGCCCGCUCACCCCGGACUUCAGCUCCGUCCCGACGCCAAACAUUCAGAGGACCAUGUCUGCGUUCACUCAGCCCCUCGUCCCCAUGUCUGCGGCCCCCACCUCCCAGCUCCAGAGGACCGCCUCCCUGUUUGGACCGUCGCCCGCUUUCAACCCCACAGCUGACCCUCUUCUCCCCCCCGCCCCGUCUCCUGUCCCCUCCUUGCCUCUGGCUCCUCCCUCCUCCGUUCCCCCUGUCCUCGCACCUCGUCGCCUGCCACCCCCCUCAGUCGGUAAACCCACAAAGAGUUGGGUCACUUUUGAUGAUGAUUUGGAUUUUCAACAUCCAACCAAAACGCCACAGGCCCCCGUCUUCCCUUCAAGUUCCCUCGUGGGACAAACACAGACUCUCCCCUCCCGCUCUGUGUUUGACUCGGAGCCCGACUGGUUAUCCUCGGUCCCUUCAGUAUUCCCAACGCUCCCUCCUCCCAUCCCGACCAGAACUGUACCCAGCAACCCAAGCCUCCCAGAGGGUCUGAGCGACGACUGCUUGUUCCCAACAGAAAGCUGGGACCACUCUUAAUACGUAAAGGGCAUAUCCAGAUAUGUAUAGAUCUAUGAUAAAUGUGUAUAUGUGUGUGUAUGUACAAAAGAGAGUAUUUAAAAGGUAUAGACCAAUCCCCUUCUGAGUCACAGGAACGUAAUAUUUAUCUUCAGCAGUAACAUGUGUGAGCCUGUGUGCUAAGUUUCCCACAGAGAUGUUUGCUUAUCCCUUUACAUUUAUUUGAAUAUGAAUUGUUCUGAUGUUCAUUUUUUCUUCAGGGCAGCAAACUCGUGCCUGUGUCUACAUUAUAGAACUAUAUAAAGUACAUCUAUACGCACAAAUCAUAUGUUUAGCCAGCUGUGCAAUAUAUAGACAUGUAUGUGUGGCCGUGCAGCAAACUGCAUUCGCCUGCGAGGCUCAGUGUUAGCUUGCCAUUCACUGGCAAAAUGCAUCAUUUGGACUGACAUCAGAGCACGCUUCUUAAAGUAGAGAGGAAUCCUCUACCUUCUCAGUUUACAGGAAGUAGAAGGCUAUGCACUGAAGGUUUUUACAUAGUCCUAAAUAGUCUGUAUGUUCUGGUAUUUUGUGUCUAAUGAGUGCACGUUUAAAAUGCAUAUUGUGCGCUCGCUUUGAACUUGAAUGUACUUUUUGUUGCACUGGGUUGUCAUUGCCUCCUCGCUGAAACCACGGCGUGAACAACCGCAAGAAAGUGUUCAUAGCCAGUCAAACUGUUCACUGCCGCUGGACUGACUAUCAUCCAGUUGAUCGUAAGACGUUAUGUUCUUCCUCUCUCUAUUCCGUCAUCAUUCCUUGUACGUGGGCUGUUACGCUUAGCUGAGUAUAUUUUGGAGCUCUAUAUCAAAACCUAUACAUAGUGAUUUAUGUAUAAAUGUAGGUUUUCAACAUGGAACCGAUUCGCUAUAUGUGUAUAUUGUGUUUGUGAUGGCUGUAUCAGUGGUUUGCACAAUGUUACUGAUAUGCACUGACAGGCUGUAUGAGCUCUCUUGGUUGUAUUCUUGCUGAUGGCAGAAUGACAACAAAUGAGAGCCAGCGGGUUGAGCAGAUGACCUUUCCACCUCUGCAGUGUUUUUAUUCUUCCUGAUUUAUCCAAAGCAUUUAAACACACUGUUGUAAAUUCAGAGAAUGUGGCCGGUGCGUUUGUAUACUUCUGUUACUCAAAGUACUAUGAUUCGGGUCAGUAAACGUGGCGGCCAGGCCAAGCCAUGCCUAAUAAGAAGAGGGCACAUUUUUUUACUUCAGCUUUUGUUCAUUGCACAAGACAUGCUUUUAAUUUCUCAGAACAUUUACUCUAAAUAUAUAUUGUUAAUAUCUGUGGUGAGAAGUAAUGUGUCGUGUUUGAGGUGCAUAUCGCCUGUUGCCGUGCUUGUGUUUGGAUGUGAGUGUGUGUGUGUGUGUACGGAGUUAGGAAAUGAUCAAAGCUUUUCCCCUUGGAAAUCUUCUCAUUUAAGACGCAGUGUAUUUGCUGAACUAACAGCCACUGUAUUCACUAGCGCAUGGCUGUCACUGUAUUUCCGCUCUAUAGCCUCCAAGGGCUGUGGAGGGGCCUCACUGUAUGCAACAAUGUUAACAAAGACAAAGGACUCUUAUUCCUCAAAGCACCAACCACCUUGACUGAAUAUACAAACUCAACUACACUGUAUGCUGAAAAGCAUCGCCCGAUUAUCAUUUCCAGUUGACUGUUUGUUGUGUCCUUCCCAGGCGCAGUGGCCCACAUUCCAGACAGUAGUGUGAUUUGACGUUUGACGGUCCGCCUGUAAUAUCUAACCCAUAGCUGUUUCCUCCGGUUGAGAGUAAUUGUUACUGAGCCUCGCUGAUUUCGUAACCAUCCAUGGGGGUGCGUGUGGUGUUGUCAGAGGUGAUGUGUCAGUAUUUUCCCCUGUACUACCUGCUGUUGAGUUGUAAAGGUCAGCAUCAAUGAUGAUAAGUAUUUUUGCAAAAGUAUCAGUAAAAGUGUGGUCCUAUAAUCAUUUUUGAUGGCUCCUUGAGGAUGACACAAGAAAGUACCAGCUAACUAACGCUUCUGCAAAUGUCAAACAAAUAUAAAUAAUCUUCAUUCUCUGCACUGAAUGCAGUAGCUAUCUAUGUAAGCAAGUGUAUCAGGUCGCCUUUGCUUACAUGUCGGUGUCAUCACUAAAAUGCAUUUAUUGUGUUAUCCAAAUGUGUGCAGUAGAUUCAGUAGGUGACUAGCCAGCGCUUUGUGUCAUGUCAUGUACAAGAUGAGAUUUUAUAGGAAACAAAUUGCUCUUUUUGUGAGGUUGGUGUCCCUUUUUAUGGCUAUAAUCCAUAGUAAAUGAAGAGUCUGUGUUGUUGAACAUAUUCUGUAUGUAUUCAAGAGAAAACAUGAAGCUGCGAUUUGUGUUAAUAUCCAACGUUCCAUAUUUUAAGUGCACAGCAGAUUGCACAUUUAUGUAUGAAGCCGUUUAUGUAUGUAUGCAAAAAUAAAUGUAAGUCGACCCUAUA